AUGUUUGUAACCAAAUUUAACGUUGUCAAAAGACUUGAGCAUAAACACAGGUUGUUUUCUUCAAUGAAGCCUUCUCUAUACAACAAACUAUGGCUUAAUCGAGCGCCUGUUUCAAUAAAUGCAGGGCAACCUUUACAUGAAAAUAGGCCGAACUUGUUGAAACAUGGGGAGCUUACUCCUGGAAUUACUGCAAUGGAGUAUUUUGAUAGACGAAGCAAGCUAAUGUCGAAUUUACCGGUAAAAAGUUGUGCCAUUGUUGUUGGAGCACAAUUGAAAUAUGCAUCUGGUCCUGUUUUCUACAAGUUUCAGCAGAAUAAUGAUUUGUUCUACCUAUCAGGAUGGAAUGAACCUGACUCAGUUCUUGUUCUGGAGAAGCCGACUUCAAAUAUCGAUGAUGUUGUUUUCCAUAUGAUUGUACCGCCCACAGACCCUGCCACUGAGCAGUGGGAUGGUUUCCGUACUGGGCCUGUUGGAGCCUGUGAAAUAUUCAACGCAGAUUCAGCAACAGAUGUAUCUGAUUCGACCUCAUACCUGUCGAAGAUAAUUAAGAGAAAUGAAACGGUAUACUUUGAUGUACCUGUUAUAGAGGAUGAGAGUUCUGACUCAGUCGGAUUCACCAAUUUCUUCUUACCUUCUUCACAGCCGACGGGUACCAAAACCAUUAUGGAUAUUCUAAAAAACUAUGUACGUAAGGGAGGGGUCAAAGAACUGAAGCCAAUACUUGCUCAACUUCGCAGCAUAAAAUCACCCGCCGAGAUCAGAUUGAUUAGAAGAGCUGGUCAAAUAUCUGGUAGGGCAUUCAACCAAGCGUACGCUAAGAGGUUUCGCAACGAGAGAACAUUGAAUGCCUUUUUAGAAUAUAAAUUUAUAUCUGGGGGAUGUGAAAAACCAGCUUAUGUGCCUGUCAUUGGUGCAGGAGCGAACGCCCUGUGCAUUCAUUAUACCAGGAAUGAUGACGUUAUGUAUGACGAUGAGAUGGUUCUCGUUGACGCCGCAGGUUCAAUUGGCGGUUACUGUGCUGAUAUAUCCAGAACUUGGCCCGUUAAUGGAAAGUUCACUGAACCCCAAAGAGAUCUCUAUGAAGCAGUCUUAGCUGUCCAACGCAGAUGUGUUGAUUUGUGUUUUGCUAACAAAGGAUACUCGUUACAUCAAAUUCACCAAAAGAGUAUGGAGUUUAUGAAGCAAGAGUUGGCAAAUAUAGGUUUACCCUCAUUGCGCCAAUCAGAUAUAACAAGAUUAUAUCCCCAUUAUAUCGGCCACAAUUUGGGAUUGGAUGUACACGAUGUUCCUGAGAUAAGUAGAUACCAACCGUUAAAAGAGGGACAAGUCAUUACAAUUGAGCCUGGUUUGUAUGUACCAGAUAGUUCUGAAUAUCCUGAGUAUUUCAGAAAUAUUGGUAUUCGGAUCGAAGAUAAUAUUGCAAUCGAUCUAGAUAGCUACAGAAACUUGAGUGUUGAGGCUGCCAAAGAGAUCGUGGAUAUUGAAAGCAUCGUGCAAAACGGCGUGUCAACCCAGCCUAACGAAGAUGUGGUAUCUCCUUUAGAAGUUGAUUACCUUGAAUAA